AUGAGGAAGGAUUUGAUGAAAACUUACAAGGACCAAAUCGUGGAAGGAAAUAUACACACAAUAAACAACUUUGACGUUGCCAGAAACAACAAGCUUCAUUGCCCGGUAAAAAAUGACAUGCUUAUCAGAUUCACACCUUUCACCACUGUUUUCCAAGAACAAGAAAAUGCAGCAACGAUCCCGAUGAACCACUUUCAGAUACAUCCAUUAGACCGUUUGCAAGAGAGAAACAACAAAAGUGACUAUGCCAUAGAUGUAGUUGGCUUGCUAAUUGGAGUUCAGGAGGAAACAUGGGUCAAUGUUGGAUUACAAAAAACCCCAAUACGGAGGAUUCAAAUUGAAGAUCAAUGCAACUUCAAGGCCGUAGUUACUCUGUGGGGAGCAAAAGUUGACUUGAUAGACACUGACAUAACAAAGGAUGAAGACAACUUCAAAGUACUCCUCAUCACCUCUACAAAAGUCAGUAUGUAUCAAGGAAACUAUCAGCUGAACUCGAUAAAUGCUACACAAAUACACAUCAACUUGCCGAUUCCAGAAACAGAAGGCUUCAAACAAGGCCCUGAACCGAGAACUCCUAUAAAACAACUGGAGACUAAACCACACGAGUCACUGGAACAAGCCAUGUUCAAGAACAGAAAAAAGAUUCAAGACAUUCUGGAAAUGGAUCCACAAACAAAGGAGAUGUUCACCUGCAGUGCCACAAUCAUGAGCAUUCACCUUGACAAAAAGUGGCAUUACAACUCCUGUGACACAUGUAAGAAAAAGGUAGAUGAAACAUUCUACUGUACCAAUUGCGAGGUUGUGGUCAAAUACCCAAAAACAAGGUAUCUCUUAACGGUUGAUAUAGACGACGAAACUGCAUGUAUCCCAAUGGCAUUGUUCGAUAAGGAGGCUGAAAUAGUCGUUGGAAGUCCAAUACACAAACUCCUUGAACUGCAGAAAAAGGACAAUGGCAAAGAUAAUGUGUUUGAUCGACUACAACAUUGUGUUGGGAAACAAUUUACAUUUAAGGCGAAGCUGAGUACAAGAAGUGAAACAACUGAGCUCAUUUGCCAAAAAACAUUCCAAAUAGACUACCAAUUGGAAAAGUCUUACAAACACCAAGGUCCAUAA